AAUCUAUUUCUCUCUCUUACCUCAACCGAGGAUUCUUUUCUCACGUGGUGGUUAAAAGAUAAAAGAUUCGAAGUCCGUUCGAGGGAAUCUAAAGGAAUGGAGAUAGCCCGAAGUCCAAAUGCCUGGAAUCAUUCCAUCAACCUGCGGUAUAUCCUUGAGAGCCAAAAACUCUCUGGGGAAAACUUUCUUGACUGGGAGAAGAACCUAAGAAUCGUUCUUGACUAUGAGAGGAAACUUUACAUCCUCGAAACGGAACCUCCCAAGACCCCUAAGGCAAAUGCUCGUGCGUCCGAACUCACUUCCUUCAAGAAGUAUGAAGACGACGCGCGAGAUGUUAAGUGUAUCAUUAUGACAAGUAUGACCGCGGAGCUCCAAAGGCUCCACGCGGACAUGGUAGCGCGUCCUAUGAUACACCGCUUAAGAGACCUAUUACAGGGUCACCCCAAAAACUCGGGUAUUUACGUUAUUGAAGUCAACAUGUCUGAUUUCACCUCUUGGGUGAUGGAUACCGGAUGUGGUUCUCACAUCUGUACUUCUAUGCAGAAUUUGCAUGAAGUUAGACAUUUGACUGAGGGAGAAGUCCAGCUGAAGGUCGGAAACAGAGCACUUGUCAAUGCGCUGGCUGUAGGAACUUAUGUUCUAUCUCUCCCCAGUGGCUUGUUGUUGCAUUUAAACAAUUGCUUGUGUGUACCUGCCAUUAGCAGGAAUAUCAUUUCUAUGUCCUGUCUUGACAAAGCAGGAUUUUCUAUUAACGUCAAAGACAAGUGCCUUUCGGUUUUCAGAAAUGAUAUUUACUAUGAAACUGCUAAGAUGACCAAUGGUCUUUAUAUCUUAGACUUAGACGCCACUGUUUAUAACGUAGAUGUUAAGAGAAGCAAACCAAACAGUUUGAAUCUCACAUACCUUUGGCAUUGUCAUUUGGGCCACAUUAACGAGAAACGCACAUCUAAGUUACGUCACUCUGGCGUACUUGAUUCAUUUGACCUCGAGUCUUAUGAUACUUGGUUGAGUGAGAACUUCGCCAUGAAGGAUUUGGGGAAUGCUGGUUAUGCCCUUGGCAUAAGAAUCUACCGUGAUAGCAUUAAUGACCCAAUCCCGUUGUUCUGCGACAACACUGGGGCCAUUGCACAGGCAAAGGAACCACGAUCUCACCAAAAGACCAAGCACAUUGUACGAUGUUAUCACAUUGUACGAGAAAUCGUAGACAGAGGUGAUGUAGAGAUUUGCAAAGUAGGAACAGACGACAACAUUGCCGACCCCCUGACCAAGCCCUUGGGAAAGCUAAAGCAUGAGGGUCACACUAGGUCAAUGGGCAUUCCACCGAUGCCAGAUUGGCCGUAGUGCAAGUGGGAGAUUGUUGGAGUUGGUGCCCUUAUGGCCAACUACUGUUGUAAUAUCUUAGAUAUUUUCUAUCAUGUAAAGGCAGAUGCAUUAAGUUUACAAACAUCUCAUGCUAAUGUAAACUCUUAAUUGCAUUCCUAGAAUUAUAUUAUAAGAUGUUUAUCAGAAUGAGUAUUCUGAUGUUGAGACUGACAUCUUGUCACUUAGUAUAAUUCUGAACGGUCUAUAGUCGAAGCAUUAACGAGAGCAGGAUAUCGUUAAUGCGUGUGAGACUAGUGAGAGUUAGAUGUUUGACCUAGUCUCUUGGUCAAAUGACGGAGUGUUCGCAUCUACUCUCGGGCAGAUAUUAUCGUUAAUAAUAGGAUGCCAGACCU